GCCUCCCGAGGCCCAGGAGAGAAGGGGAUUGGAGCAAUGCGAGGGGCGGAGUUUGUGGAGGAAAAUGGCUGCCGCUUGGGGCUUGUCCCUAACCGCUGCGGCUCUGAGAGCGGUCACUCCCUGGCCAAGGGGCAGCAGGCUCCUCGCGGCCUCCCGCAGACGUCGGGCUCUUCGGGAAGUGUCUUCCAGCCCCGAAGCUGGCGAAGGGCAGAUCCACCUCACCGACAGCUGCGUCCGGAGGCUUCUGGAAAUCACCGAAGGGUCAGAAUUCCUCAGGCUGGAGGUGGAGGGAGGUGGAUGCUCCGGAUUCCAAUACAAAUUUUCACUGGAUACAGUUAUCAACCCCGACGACAGGCAAGGAGAAGAGGGGGUAUUUGAACAGGGUGGGGCAAGAGUGGUGGUUGACUCUGAUAGCUUGGCCUUCGUAAAAGGGGCCCAGGUGGACUUCAGCCAAGAACUGAUCCGAAGCUCAUUUCAAGUGUUGAACAACCCUCAAGCUCAGCAAGGCUGCUCCUGUGGGUCAUCCUUCUCUGUCAAACUUUGAUGGGAUGAUAGGUGACCCAGAGAUUGCUACCAUUUGUACCGAUUUGAGGAACCUGGGUUUAGAAGAAUUCUAGAGGUUUCCUUCCAAUCAUGUCCCUCUCUCAAUUUUAUUUCCCUCAAUCCAGGAGUGCUGUAUUUUGCUACUAUUUAUUUUCAGAAUAUGAAGCUUUUACUCUUGACUUAAUUUCUCCAACCACAAUUGUAAGGCCAGGCCUCUAGAUGCCAUUACCUAAGACUUAUUAACUGGUUGAAACCCAGUAUAAUCUGUAGAGCCUCCAAGGUUCCAGAAUUUGAAGUUGCUUUUCUGGCCUUCAGAGCUGCUUGUACAUAUGUGUAGGGCUUCAUUUUAAAUAAAGUCCUUAUUUACUUGUGUGGUUGGUCAGGGUCACAGAUUGGGUAGCUUGAAUGUUGGUUACUAGGCCAGAGAGGAGGAGAAAGCAAAUGAAAUGUCCUCUUCUUCGUCCCACCCUUCCUGAACGUGCCAGUUGACCCUUACCCUUACUUUCUAUGCAGCCCAUUCUCUGCUUCCCAUUUGUUACAGUAGAUACUCUUUCCUCUCAUACUUGUGAAUCUGCUAGAUUCACAAAAUUGAUAGCCCAUCACCGAGAAAACUUGGACCUAACCCCCACUGAUACCUGAAUCAUUGAAAAAUAGCCUCCAUACUCACAGAGACAUAUCAAGAUUCUGUGAUCAUUAGAGACUGAAUCUUUUUAUGACUGUUGCUUCUCUUACCUUAUGAUAUAAAAUAUCUCUGGUCUCAUGCAUAGCAGGAAGUGGUGCCUUUGUACCUGGUAUAGAUAAUGGAUACUUGGAGAUUUUUUUUUUUUCAGUUUGGACUACCAGAUAAUCUAAUGCAGAAUGCCCAUUUAAAUUUGAAUUUCAGAUAAAUGGCAAAAAAUUUUUAGUAUAUGUAUGUCUCAGUGAAUACUAAAAAUUAUUUAUUGUUUAUCUGAAAUUCAAACUUAACUGGGUAUCCUGUAUUUUAAUUUGUUAAACUUGGUGACCUUACUGUAGAAUCACUGAAAGAAAAGAUGUUUAAGCCACAAAUUCUAAUGAAUUGUAAAGUACUUGUUUAUGUAUGGCACUUAAAUAGGCCAUAGAGCUAGAAAUAGUCACGGUAUGUGUGUGUGGAAGUGGGGGAGCCAGAACUAUUGGACAGACAACCAAAAGAAGAUAAAAGCACCACCGCCAUGACAGAUGAUUAAUGAUCACUAAUGUUGGGGAAACCACACCCAAGUUGAUUCUGGAAGAAUUAUUGGUUAAACCCACCUAUUCUUUGAGAGCCUAAAAGUUCAUAACAGCAAAUCUUGCAUUUCUGGACUGGAUUGAAACAUUUCUACACUGGAUUGGAAUUAAGGUCUUUCAAUAAAAGGAUUUACCGUUAAAAAAAUA